AGCAAGUCCAUUUCACAUGAGGACCUGAAGCUUUACUGAAUAGUUGGUGAUUAACAGUCCAGUGCAACAAUGAAAGUCCUGCUUCUGCCUCUGGCCCUGCUGUUCCUCACAGGUUCACAAGGACGUCAAUUUUUGCAGAGUGAUGAACCUAAACAAGAAGACUCUCUACAGAAAAUAUUUCAGAGUGCAGUUGCAAUUGUAACAGAUGUUGUGAAAAACUUGGAAUAUUCAGAGUUUGCAAAAGAAUACAAUCUUAAGGAGAAGUUACAAGCAGCAAAGGACAAUGCUGAUAAAGUGGAGGAAGUAUUUGAAGACUACUUUGAAGAAAUCUGGAAGAAAAUGGAUGAUGCGAUUCAUAAGAAUUUCCCAGUGUUCAGGACCAAAGUUGUACCUAUUAUUGAAGACUUUGACGACAAGCUAGAAGAACAUCUGGAGACAUUUGUAAAGGAAGUUGUGCCCCUGGGAUCUCAACUUUUUGAUGGUGUAAGUAAACAUGUGACAAGCUUCUUGGAAAAUCUGGGACCCAUAGCCGAGAAGGGUCGAGACUCGCUGCGAGCUGAGGUAGACAACCUGCGUGGCAAGCUGCAACCUUACGUGGAUGAUGUCAGGGCAGAGUAUGAGAAGUACAGCAAGGAGGCGAAAGAUGGAAUAGACGACAAGGCUACAAAGCUGAAGGAAAAAGUAGAAAAGGAGGUGGAUGAGCUAAGGGAGAAAGUUAAACCUUAUCUCAAGUCUCUGAAGCAAAAGGCAGGUGGAAAUGCUGAGGAAGCCUGGAAAUAUAUUGACAAAUUGCUGAAGGAACUUUACAUCUCUAAAGAUCAAUAAUAAAAGCAAUAUCAGAAA